AUGGCGAUCAUUACAUCCAAACAAUAUAUUACCAUUUACAAUGCACUACAAGCCAUAGAGUGGAUUAAUUUAUUAUUAUUUAGAACUGUUCGACCUCUGCUUGAGAAACAUGGUGGUCGAUUAAAAUUUACAAACAAACAAGUUUUGGAACGAUUAUCAGCGAAAAAACCGUCAUUAUGGACUUUCAAUAGAAAAUAUCUUAAAACUAUUCAAACUUUGCAAUUAAUGGAGACCGUUCAUGUCAUUACAGGUAUAACUCCAAAUUCAUCUCUCUCAACAACUCUAGGACAGACACUCGGCAGAAUGUUUAUUACUUAUUUUAUAGCAGAUGAUUUACCAAAUAAUGAUUUACUGACAGACAUUACAAUGUUCACUCUACAAGUAUCAUGGGCAUUGGCAGACAUUAUUCGAUAUUCACAUUACAUCAGCCAAACGUGUGAUUUAGAAAAAGAUCCCAAGACAGCCAAAGUUGUGAAAUUAUUGAAAUUUUUAAGAUAUAAUGCAUUCUUGAUUUUAUAUCCUAUUGGCAUGUUGAGUGAAAUUGGAUUAGUGUUGCGUGUUGUUUUUUCAAAAUGGUUGCAAUAUGAUUCUGUUGGUGGCACAUUAACUCUAAGCAAUGAAAUGCCAACAGUAGCGACUGAUCACCAUGGCAGUAAUAACUCAGAAAUCUCUAGAAAGAAAAAACCAUCUCUUCCUCCCUCAAAUCCAUAUCCUCUCUACAAGAAGAUGCUAGUUAUAUUUUUCUUUUGCUUUAUUGUGGCGUAUGGCUAUCCUUCGGUGUUUUCUCACAUGCUCAAACAGAGAAACAAGCAUUUGAAGAAGAAUUAUUAA